AUGAGUCUAGAACAAAAGAUCCAGAGCACAGUAGAAAAGAAGCCUAGUGAAGAAAAGGUUACUGAUAGCCUCCCAGAAAAAGAAGUGGUACCUCCAGUAAGCACUAAGCACCAUAUCAAGAUCCCAUACCCACAGAGGCUCCGUAAGCACAAUCUGGAUAAACAGUUUCCGAAGAUUUUGGAGGUGUUGAAGAAGUUGCAUAUUAAUAUCCCCUUCGUCGAAGCACUAAAACAGAUUCCUAGCUAUGUUCUUUUCAUGAAGGAGAUACUAUCAAAGAAACCUAAGAUGGGUGAUUACAAUACAGUGGUGUUGACAGAGGAGUGUAGUGCCAUCUUACAAAGGAAACUUCCACAGAAAUUGAAAGAUCCAAGGAGUUUUACCAUACACUGUACUAUUGGGAAUAUUGACUGCAAGCAGGCCUUAUGCGAUCUGGGAGCAAGCAUUAACUUGAUGCCACUUCCAAUUUUCAAGAGACUUGGCUUAGGUGAGGCAAGACCCACUACUGUUACACUACAGGUGGCAUACUGA